CCCAAACGGGUAAUUGCGGGGUUCAGCAAAACAGCUCAGAGCGACAGCAACACCACGACAUUCAGAGCAUCAAUUGAUGUGACAGCUCCUCUUACGGAGAGAUUCAAGUCGCCAAGAUGCAUCUCGUACCUAAGGAGCUGGACAAGCUUGUCAUCUCGCAACUAGGACUCCUUGCGCAGAGACGAUUAGCACGAGGAGUGAAGCUCAAUCAUUCGGAAGCUUGUGCCCUAAUCGCGAACAACCUCCAAGAAUUAAUCCGCGAUGGCAACCACACCGUCGCAGACCUCAUGUCAAUCGGCAGCACCAUACUCGGCCGCCGCCACGUCCUGCCCUCCGUCGUGUCAACCCUCACCGAGAUCCAAGUCGAAGGCACCUUUCCCACCGGUACCUAUCUAGUGACCGUCCACCACCCGAUCAGCACCGACGAUGGCGAUCUUGCGAAAGCGCUGUAUGGAUCUUUCCUCCCGGUUCCAGACAAGGAGACCUUUCCCAUGUGGAAGGAAGAGGAGUAUGAGCGGACCAAGAUGCCUGGUGCGGUGGUGGUUAAGAAGGGGAAGGUGGUGUUGAAUGAGGGGAGGAAGAGGAUUAGGAUUAAGGUUACUAGUAAGGGGGAUAGGCCUAUUCAGAUUGGUUCGCAUUACCAUUUCAUCGAAACGAAUCCGCAGCUCGAAUUCGAUCGCAUCAAAGCCUAUGGCUACAGACUUGAUAUCGCGGCCGGUACAUCUGUUCGUUACGAGCCGGGCGAUACAAAGACGGUAACGUUGGUUGAGAUUGCGGGACACAAGGUUAUUCGAGGAGGAAACCAUGUUGCGACAGGCAAAGUAGAUCUUUCUCGCGCAGAAGACAUCGUGUCGAAAUUGCAGCAAGGUGGAUUUGCGCAUACGCCUGAUCCAGCGGCUGAUGCGGCGGGUAUCAGUCCGUUUGAGAUGGAUAGGGAGGCGUAUGCUACGAUGUUUGGUCCUACCACUGGAGAUGUUGUCCGGCUUGGUUUCACGGAUUUGUGGGUCAAGGUUGAGAAAGACCUUACUUCCUAUGGUGAUGAGUGUAAAUUUGGCGGAGGCAAGACUCUUCGAGAAGGUAUGGGUCAAGCUACAGGUGUUUCUGACGAAGUAUCCCUUGACAUGGUUAUCGUCAAUGCUUUAAUUGUGGAUUGGACUGGUAUCUAUAAAGCAGAUAUUGGAGUGAAGAACGGAAUGAUUGUGGGUAUUGGAAAGGCGGGAAAUCCAGACGUUAUGGAUGGAGUGACGGAAGGCAUGAUUGUUGGUUCUUGCACGGAUGUCAUUGCUGGAGAGGGAAAGAUUAUCACGGCUGGUGGAUUUGAUACUCAUAUUCAUUUCAUCUGUCCACAGCAAGUCUAUGAGGCUAUUACGUCUGGUAUCACUUCGAUGCUUGGUGGUGGUACCGGUCCUAGUGCGGGAACAAGUGCUACAACUUGUACUCCCGGCAAGAAUUACAUGCGAGCAAUGCUUCAAGCAUGUGAUACACUGCCUGUCAACCUUGGAAUCACGGGUAAAGGAAAUGACAGCUCUCCCCUCGCACUUCGAGAACAGGUUAUUGCUGGAGCUUGUGGUCUCAAGCUUCACGAAGAUUGGGGAACUACUCCUUCUGCUAUUGAUUCCUGCUUGACUGUCUGCGAUGAGCUCGAUAUUCAGUGUCUCAUCCACACAGAUACCUUGAACGAGUCUGGAUUCGUCGAAUCAACCAUUGCUGCUUUCAAGGAUAGAGCUAUUCACACUUAUCACACUGAAGGUGCUGGAGGUGGCCAUGCACCUGAUAUCAUCAGCGUCGUUGAACACGCUAAUGUCCUUCCUUCAUCCACGAAUCCAACAAGACCAUACACCAGGAAUACUCUCGACGAGCAUCUCGAUAUGCUGAUGGUCUGCCAUCAUCUCUCCAAGAACAUCCCAGAAGAUGUCGCUUUUGCUGAGUCCCGUAUCCGAGCAGAGACCAUCGCAGCCGAAGAUGUCCUCCAUGAUCUUGGAGCAAUAAGCAUGAUGUCCUCUGACUCCCAAGCCAUGGGCCGCUGCGGCGAAGUCAUCCUCCGAACCUGGAACACAGCACACAAGAAUAAAGUCCAACGGGGAACACUCAAAGAAGAUGAGGGCACAGGAGCAGAUAACUUCCGAGUCAAAAGAUACGUCAGUAAAUAUACCAUCAACCCAGCCAUUGCACAAGGCAUGGGUCAUAUCAUCGGUAGUGUGGAGGUAGGCAAGUUAGCCGAUCUCGUGGUCUGGGACCCUGCCUGGUUUGGCACGAAACCCAUGACGGUCAUCAAAAGCGGUUUAAUCUCCUGGGCUCAAAUGGGUGAUCCCAACGCCUCCAUCCCCACCGUCCAACCCGUCAUCGCGCGCCCCAUGUUCGCGCCCCUCGUCCCCAAAACCUCCAUCCUCUUCGUCUCGCAAACCUCCAUAACCUCCGGCACCAUCGCCAAGUACGGCCUGAAGAAACGAGUCGAGGCCGUGAAGAACUGCCGCAAGAUCGGGAAGCGGGAUAUGAAGUUCAACGACGUGAUGCCGCGGAUGAAGGUCGAUCCGGAGAAUUAUAGGGUCGAGGCUGAUGGCGUGCAUGCUACGUGUGAGGCGGCGACGAGCUUGCCGUUGAGUCAGGUUGCUUUUGUUUAUUAGUGUUGGAGUGAGGUUGUGGAGGGGAGGGGAGAUGCGUAUACCAGUCUAUGAGCAAGUGAAUGAAUGAAUAUACUUUCAAAGGACUUCACAUUCUCACAAAACAGUCAAUCGAUCGGUAUAUGAGAUGUCCUGCGUUGUAACUUUGCUCUUGAGCAUUUCCCCUAAAUGAAUACAUUUUGUAUCAU